AUGUGUGAAGGAAUGGGAAGUUGUGUUUUAGAAGGAAGGGCCGAUAUAUUACAAAAUGGAAAACACUGUUACGGCGUCCAGAAAUAUCUGCUUGUAAACUAUACAUGUGUGCCACAGAAAAAGGAAGUUGUUUUGUGUGACUCUGAAAGGUCCAUACUAUCCUGCCCAUCUGAUUGGUUACUCAAGAUCAACUCAGCAUUCUGGGGCCGCGAACACGCUGAAGUGUGUCCAUCUGCAAAAGGACAGGAAGUAUGCCCCGGAGCGUCAGAAACUGUGUCCAAAUUAAGGAGCAAAUGCAAUAAUAUUCCCUUUUGCCCGGUGCAAGCAUUUUACAAGGAAUUACAAAAUGGGGGCGAAAACUGCCCUAAUUUGGAAAAGUAUCUUAUCGUUAACUACAGCUGUCGACCCAGUCCUGAUAUUGGACGACGAGGACAACUCGGGCUUAUUCCUCUCUCGGUUUAUCGUAACCUCAGACUCAGAUCAAGAAUAUGGAGUCCCGAUGAUUUGAAGAAGCGUUCCAAAGUUAUAGGGUCACGUGAUUCUAGAAAGGAACGAAACUAG